AUGGUGUCGCUAUCUAGAGUUGCUUUCGUCACCUUCGGGGUGGUUCAUGGGGUAAAUGCAUGGGGUGAAUUGGGCCAUGCAGCUGUGGCUUAUGUUGCACAACAUUACAUGUCCCCUGGAGCCGCAAAAUGGACACAAACUGUUCUAAACGACACCUCCGACUCAUACUUGGCAAACAUUGCUUCCUGGGCUGAUAGCUAUCGCCGCACAGAUGAGGGCGAAUGGUCAGCCCCAUUGCAUUACAUCGAUGCCAUGGAUGACCCCCCAAAAAGCUGCAAUUUGGAUUAUGAGCGCGACUGUCCAGCUGAAGGCUGUUCAGUCUCUGCCAUUGCCAAUUACACCCAGCGUGCAGGCAAUCCCAAACUGAACAACGCUGAAACCGCCGAAGCUCUAAGGUUCCUCGUGCACAUCAUUGGUGAUAUCGCGCAGCCACUGCACGACGAGAACUACGAGGUUGGCGGAAACGGUAUUGAGGUCGUUUUCGACGGCCACACUGACAACCUUCACGCCGAUUGGGAUACAUACAUUCCUGGAAAGCUGGUUGGCGGUAGUUCGCUCGCCGAUGCAAAGGGAUGGGCUGACAGUCUGGUCGAUGAAAUUAAGUCCGGCGCCUACAAGAAGCAGGCUAAGAAAUGGACCAAAGGCGAUGAUAUCGGUAAUGCUAUCAAGACUGCUACUCGAUGGGCGGCGGAUGCCAAUGCCUAUAUCUGCACUGUUGUCAUGCCCGAUGGAGCUGCUGCCCUCCAGACUGGCGAUCUCUAUCCGGAAUAUUACAACUCUGUUACCGGUACGAUUGAGAUCCAGGUUGCUAAGGCUGGCUAUCGUCUAGCCAACUGGCUCAAUACCAUCUACAAGAAGAAGGUCAAGCAUAAUAAGGGAGGAAAAUUCGGCAAGGGUCCCCGAGAUGCAGCCCCUGAACCUGAGUUUGUCUAUGAGCCUCGUGAGCCUCGUCAGCUGAGUCGUGCAAAUAUGGCUAGAGCUGCUAUGGGAGGAUCUUGCUGUACAUCAGGACGUGAACAUAGCCAUUGA